UCUGCAUCUGUAACUAAUGGAGCGCAUGUACAUAUAUAUACUUAUAGAAAUUUAUUGGCAAGGCUUUGACACAGUCCAUUUGACGAUGUAAAUGCUUUGAAGCGUAGAUUUCUUUAUUCCGAUUGAUCGAAUAAAUAGUUCAAAGCAUUUAUAACGUCUAGAGGAUGUAUUUAUAUGCACGCCGAGUUUUUUAACACGAUUGUUGUAUGUACGUGGGUGCAAUACAAUACGUGGUAUAUGUAUACGUAAUAAAAUUUUAAGUUUAGUACAGUGAUAAAAAGCAUUAAAAGAUAACCUAAUAUAGUUAGGAUUAAUCACGGUUAACUUUUGAAAUCGACAAAAACGAAGAAAAAUCGAAUUUCAAGAUGCAGAAGUUUAAGAGAGCUCAAGCACAAAAUAAGUUGGCCAUUGAAAGACACUUGGAGGCCAACAUAUCAUUAAAUUCGUCUAGUGAAGAGGAAGAUGAAACAAAUGAGGAAGAUGUCCAAAAUGUGGUGGACAACGUAUUAUUGGCAUAUCAAGGACAAGGCAUGGAUGCAGAAAAAGUGAUAUCAUACUUAGUUAACUCUUUUCAAUCAAGUAGCGCUGUUUGCUUGAUAUGUAUAUCAACUGUCAAGAAAAUAGAUCCGAUAUGGAACUGCAACAAAUGCUAUGCAUUUCUGCACAUGUCCUGCAUCUUACAUUGGAUUAAUGAUAGUUUAAGUUACAAACGGACUAAAGGAAUCACACCAAUCUGGGCAUGCCCAAAAUGUCGCAUGGAAUAUAACCAGGACCAGAUUCCAAGAUCGUACGAAUGUUUCUGUAAAAAGACUAUAAAUCCUCCAUAUCAACCCUGGAUUAUUCCACAUUCUUGUGGCGAAACUUGUAACAAACUCUUACAACCAGAGUGUGGUCACAAAUGUGUGUUGCUCUGUCAUCCUGGUCCAUGCCCACCAUGCGCAAAAAUGGUGUCUGUCAAAUGUUAUUGCGGUAAGCUACCGCCGCAGCCACGUCGUUGCAAUGCUAAAAAUUGGAGUUGUGGAACAAUAUGCAGCAAAAAAUAUGAAUUUUGCUUGCACACUUGUAAUAAUUUAUGUCAUGUUGGAGAGUGUCCCCCUUGUAUGGAAACAGUAUUACUGAACUGCCAUUGUAAGAGUAAUCAAAAGGAAGGAAAAUGCUACGAAGGUACAUGGAUGUGCGAGAGACUUUGUAACAGAAAGUUCUCCUGCAAUGUACAUACCUGCGAGAGUACAUGUCAUUUACCCGAUGAUUGCGGUAAUUGUCCGUUAGAGAAGAACAGAUGCUGCCCUUGCGGAAAGAAACGAUACGAAGUUACUUGCAGGCAGCAGCAAGUGCCAACGUGUGGCGAUACUUGCGAUAAAUUGUUAGACUGCGGAUCACACUUUUGCAACAUGAGAUGUCAUACCGAUCGUUGUGGUCACUGCUUAGAAGUGGUAACAAAAGCCUGCAAAUGUGGUAGUUAUACCAAAGAGAUUGCUUGUGGAAAAGAAUUUCACUGCAACAAGAAAUGCACACAAAUGCGCUUAUGUGGUAAACACCUGUGUAAUAAAAAAUGUUGCGAUUGCGUAUUGAAGAAUACAUCUAAUCCCUGCGAGAAAACGUGCGAAAAUAUGCUUAAUUGUCGGAAGCACAAGUGCGCCGCACCCUGCCAUAGCGGUCCUUGCUAUCCAUGCACAAGAAUGGACGUCAUACAAUGUCGAUGUGGCAGCAGCAAAAUAACGGUGCCAUGCGGUACCAGCAAGAGAAUCAGGCCACCGCCGUGUAACAAAUCCUGCAAAAUUCCGCCUGUCUGUCAUCACAGUAAGAGAGAAACUCACAGAUGUCAUCAAGGCCCAUGUCCACCCUGCAAAAAGAUCUGCAGCUUGACCCACAAGAGAUGUGGUCACUCUUGCCCAGUCACUUGUCAUACGAAAGUCUGGGUGAAGGUGAAAGCGAACGGAGUAAAAGCGCAGCCCAUUGGACCUUGGGAAAAGCCUGGGAAGGACAUUAUGGAGUUGAAGACUUUACCGUGCCCACCAUGUGAAAUUUCUGUGCUUGUGACCUGUCUCGGAGGUCAUGAGACGCGUCCCUGGCCGUGUCAUAUGUCGAAACCGAGCUCCUGCGGCAGAGCUUGCGGCCAACUAUUGCCGUGUAAAAAUCACAUCUGCGAGUUGACCUGUCAUAAGAUACAAACUUCUGAUGACAAAUCAGAUAGCGGUACGCCGUGCAUGGAAUGUGAGAAAGAAUGUCAAUUUGCACGUUUACCAGGUUGUACACACGCAUGUCCACAACCUUGUCAUCCGGCGCCUUGCAAACCGUGCAAACAAUUAGUGCGAGUGUCUUGUCACUGUGGUAUUAGCACCCUUUACCGACACUGUGUAGACUUGGUGUCCACGACGAAUAAGAAACGCGACGAAUUACUCAAAUGUGGAAACCAGUGUCCAAAAAAUUAUUUGUGCGGCCACCGUUGCAUCAACGAUUGCCAUCCAGGAGAAUGCAAAGGAAAGGAGCAAUGCAACAAGAAAGUUAGAUUAUGGUGUAAAUGUAAAAGGAUCAAAAAGGAUUUUCUUUGUUUGUUUCUUCAAAAAGAGCAGAUUAUUGUAGAAUGCGAUAAUGUGUGUGAGUCAUUGAAAAUUGAGAAGAAGGAGGCCCAAGAAGCUAUUAUAGCAAAGAAACGAGAGGCGGAAGAAUUACGCAAUCGGGAAGAGAUUGAGAAAUUCGAGAAAAAGUUCAAGCCACGCCGAAAGAGGAAAGACAAGUAUGAAAACUCAAAACUAUCCCAAGGAAACAUUGGGAAUAAGUAUUGGAAUGCAUGGAUUUUAGCGAUUUUUGUAAGCAUUAUAGGUAUAGUAAUAGUAUAUAUGACUAUUUCUGAUUCAAGUAUGCUUGAAAUAAUUUCAUUUUAAAAAUUGGUCUAAAAUUGAUGACUACAAUGGUCAAUUUACAAUAAUAAUCAUAUAUCUGUGAUGUAUUAUCAAUGCUUGUCAAAAAUAUUAUGGCAAACAAUUGCAUAUAUCUUAUAUAUAUCAUCAAUGAAAAAUAUUAUAAUACUAUAAGCAUCUUUUAUACAUAUUUAUUAAUAGUGAUAGGUUGGCCUAGAGAAUAAUCAUUUGAAAGAACUCGAUUUUUAUUCCACAAGAUUUUAUGAUAAAAUUAUGAUAAACCUAAAAAAUCUAAGGAUAAAAAGAUAUAAACUGUAUUAAUUAUAAAUAAAAAAAACUAUUAAAAACACUA